UCCAGAAGCUGAAGAGUUUCACCACUCCACCUGUCCUUGUCCUACCAGACCCAUCCUCCAGUUUGUGGUAGAGGUUGAUGCCUCCGACAUUGGAAUCGGGGCUGUUUAAUCUCAAAGGUCAGUCAAAGACAGUAAACUACAUCCAUGUGCUUUUCUUUCCAAGAAACUCUCACCUGCAGAAAGGAAUUAUGAUGUUGGCGACCGUGAGCUUCUGGCCAUAAGAGUGGCACUGGAGGAGUGGAGACACUGGUUGGAGGGGGCUGAGCAGCCAUUCUUGGUGUGGACAGACCAUACAAACUUGGAGUAUUUGAUAAUGGCCAAGAGACUGAACGCCAGGCAGGCAAGAUGGACACUAUUUUUAAUAGGUUAAACUUCACUCUCUCCUAUCGUCCAGGUUCCAAGAACCUUAAACCUGAUACCCUCUCAAGACUUUUUUCUCCUGAAUCUGAGCCUAAGGAUGUUUUCUCCAUUCUGCAUCCUUCAUGUUUUGUUGGCACUGUUACCUGGGAGAUUGAGAAUAAGGUCAAGGAGGCCAAUAAGAGAUGUCGGAUUCCGGAUGGGGUUCCCCCCAAUCGUCUGUUUGUUCCUCCUAUUCUCCGUUCUCAGGUCAUCCUCUGGGCGCAUUCAUCACUCCUCUCCUGUCAUCCAGGGAUUCAGAGAACUAUCUUUGUCAUCCGACAACGAUUUUGGUGGACAUCUCUCAGGAAUGAGGUAACUGAGUAUGUAUCUGCCUGUCCAGUAUGCUCUAGGAACAAGACCUCUCGGAGGCCCACCUUUGGCCUUCUGCACCCGCUACCGGUGCCUCAUCGCCCCCGGUCAGACAUCUCCCUUGACUUUGUUACUGGCUUGCCCCUGUCUGAAGGUAAUACCAUCAUUCUUACAGUUGUUGAUUCUCUAAGAUGGUUCAUUUUAUUCCACUGCCUAAACUCCCCUCUGCCGAGGAGACAGCGGAGGUGGUUUUGCACCUUCUUUUCCGUCUUCAUGGUUUCCCCAGGGAUAUCCUGUCUGACCGGGGGCCACAGUUUGUGGCGAGGUUCUGGAAGGCUUUUUGCAACCUACUCAGGGCCACUGUCAGUCUAUCCUCAGGCCACCACCCUCAAACCAAUGGACAAACUGAGAGACUGAACCAGGAACUGGAGACUGGGUUGCGGUGCCUCGCUUCUCGGAACCCCUCAUCCUGGAGCAAGCAUGUGAUCUGGGUGGAGUAUGCACAUAACACCUUACCUUGUUCCUCAUCUGGCAUGUCUCCAUUCCAGUGUGCAUAUGGCUACCAGCCUCCUCUGUUCCCUUCACUGCAAAGGGAGGCCAGUGUCCCCUCUGCACUGGAUCUGGUCCGUCGGUGUCAUUGGAUAUGGACUCGACAGGCCCUCCUAAGGAACUCAGCCCGCUACAAGAAAGCGGCGGACCGGCACCGGCUUCCUGCCCCAUCCUACCAGAGUGGCCAUAGGGUGUGGUUGUCCACCAGGGACCUUCCUCUGCGCGUCGAGUCCCUUGCCAUGGUCCAUGAAGGUUCAUCCCACGUUCCAUGUCAGUCGACUGAAGCCGCUGUAGGAAAGCACAUUGGUCCCAGCCUCCAGUCCCCCGCCACCCCCCGGUUCAUUGGCGGCGGCCCAGUCUACACUGUAAAGAAACUCUUGGCAGUGCGCCUCCAGGGCCGUGGUCGGCAGUACCUUGUGGACUGGGAGGGGUAUGGCCCGGAGGAGAGAUCGUGGGUCUCGGCAAGGAACAUUAUGGACCUUGUCCUCAUCCAGGAUUUCCACCGGCUCCAUCCUGAAGAGCCUGGGCCGUCAGGUGCCGGCCGUUGAGGGAGGGGUACUGUCAUGUCCUGUUCUGCCAUUUAAGUUAUGUUAUUUGUUUUUCUAUUCAUUCAUUGGUUCCUGUUUUAUUUUGGUACUCAUGCGUUGUCUCAUUUCAGGUCCACUUCCUGUCAAGUUUCCCUCCUGUGUGAUUACUGGCCCCGCCCUAAUGUGUUGCACCUGUUUCUCAUUUGACAGAGAGUAUUUAGUCUCUGUCUUCCCCUCCUUCAGUGCCAGAUUGUCUUUGCCCUUGUGUGAGAUUUUCCAGUGUUAACUUCUGAUUCCCUUGUGACUGUGCCUAGACCGUGAUUGAUUUUUUACUUUUCUUUUGCCUGCCGUUUUGGAUACUAUUGCCUGUUAUGGACUGAUCUCUGUGUACCGACGCCUGACCGAUUAAAGUUCAGGGCUGUGCAGUUUUAA